UCUCUCUCUCUUUCUGUGGCUCUCUACCAACGACUUUAGUGCAUAUUUUUUUAAGGAUUAUGCUCCAGAUUUCUAGUUUUUUUUUUUUGUUUUUUUUAUUAAUUAUUGUUUAUUAAAUUGAUUGAGAAGAGUGACAGGGCAAUAGACAAGAAGAGCGAGCAUAGCUGGCUUGGGGCUAUAAAAAUUCAAGAUCCUGCAUAGUUUAAUGGAUCAAACAGAAUAUCAGAAGAUCGAGAAAGAAGAAGACUUCUAUUCUGAAGAGCAACAGCUAGGGAUGACCAUUUCUGAGGUUGCUUCAGACACCACCAGCAGUCCUGACAAUAUCAAUAAGACAACCAUUUCGAGCGGUCACCAUGUCUUCCUCAGGCGUUUGGCUAAAGCCACGCUGCUUCUGUUUGGGGGAAUAGUAGUCUUCAUCCUGAUUCUUCAGAACUCCUCCUCACCCUUUGGAUUUCUUCCAACCAGUUCUUCUUUUCAUCUUUUCUCGUCAACGGAAAAAGGCAGUUGGGUGUUGAAUAGAGUUCUGAAAGAUGCAGCCAUGGAGGAUAGAACAGUGAUCUUGACUACUUUGAAUGAGGCAUGGAUAGAACCAAAUUCUAUGUUUGAUUUAUUUUUGGAGAGUUUUCGCAUUGGGAAUGGAACACGGAGGCUUUUGAAUCAUUUGGUAAUAAUAUGCAUGGACCAAAAGGCAUAUGCUCGUUGCUUAGCUCUAAACUUCCAUUGCUAUCAUCCGGAUAGUAAAGGAGUCAAUUAUACGGGUGAGGCUUUAUUCAUGACCAAAUCUUACUUAGAGAUGAUGUGGGCAAGGAUUGAUCUUUUCGCUUCUAUCCUUGAGAUGGGCUACAACUUUGUAUUCACGGAUACUGAUAUUAUGUGGCUUCGAGAUCCAUUUCAACAUUUCUAUUUAGAAGCGGAUUUCCAAAUUGCUUGUGAUCAAUUCUUUGGUAACUCGUAUGAUGUAAAUAACAAUCCAAAUGGCGGAUUUAACUUUGUAAAAUCGAAUAAUCGGACAAUUCAAUUUUACAAGUUCUGGUACAGAAGCCGAGAGGCAUAUCCAGGAAAGCAUGACCAAGAUGUACUUAACAUGAUCAAAGGUGAUCCAUUAAUCACCAAUAUUGGACUGAAAAUGAGGUUUCUUGAUACUGCCUACUUUGGUGGCUUUUGCGAACCGAGCCGAGAUCUUAACAAAGUGUGCACAAUGCAUGCAAAUUGUUGCGUUGGUCUUGACAAAAAAGUUCAUGACCUUAGAAUCUUGCUCGAGGAUUGGAAAAAAUACAUGUCAUUGCUCUCAAAUAUGACAGCUUCACCACCAUCCUCAUGGAGUGUUCCACAAGAUUGCAGGACAUCAUUUAAUCAUUUGCCAAAGAACCAAACUUCAGGACUUGGGAACAGAUAACAUGCCAAUAUAUGCGUUUGCAAAUUUUUCAGGGUUUUUCAGAUCAAAUAAAUAGAGGUAAAUCUCUGUACAUGAUAAUAUUUCUAAUUGUUAGAAAGGUUGCAAUUUUUUCUUUUUCCUUUUCAAAGAUCUAUCAUGUGAAUUAUAAGUUUUAUGUUGAUUCAUAUA